AGCAGCGGUACUACUAUAUAAAAGAACCUGCCAGGGGGUGAGACGACGCACUGUUGUCUGUCGAAACCAUGCGCUUCACCGCCCUGUUCUCUGUCCUCGCGGCCCUCGUCAUGCUUGACGUGCAAGCCCAGACUACACCGCCGGACCGUUCCUGCCUUGGGCAUGGCGAUGCAGUGGGCUGCGCGGAGUUCUGUCGCUCGUGCUGCGCCCUGUUCCCGAAUGCCGCCGAGUGCGAGAGCCUGUCUGCGUGCAAGAUUGAUUGUCAGGGACUGUAGCAUAACUGCGGAUCGUGUGGCGGCUCUGGCACGUUCGUGAGGUUGUACUUUGUGUAUCGGAAUUCGAAUGUGGGAUGUGAGGAAGCGCGUGAACCGAGGAUCCCAAUUUGGAACCAGACCCGAUACGGGGUGGUCCGUAUCGUAGAGCUAUUGGGGCAGGCCCGAGGGUCUGUCUCAGAUUGACACAUCGCUGAGAAAACCGUGAGGUUCCAGUGCGGCUGGCAGAGCAGCGGUCGAGGAAGGGGAUGUAUAGAUCGAGAAGCAUGAGCACGCCUGGUGACAAGCGUCCAGAAGGGGCGAGCUCUUUGGACUAGGAAAAAGUGAUGAUUAUCAGUGUCUGCGCACUCUGUGCUGUUGCAUCAACCUUCGAGCACUCACACAGGCUGUCCCGGCCGCCGAGAAUAGGUGGCUGGCCCUGACUUGGCUGGUCAUACGUAUUUUCAGAGUGAUCCAGUGCGCUCAACUGCGAUUGGUGUUUGUCUGCGGCAGCAUUGAGACACUCUCUGAUUCCAAGCCGCUCGUCUUGGAACGCCACGAGCUCGGACUUCGACUGGCAUCGACUCAGAGCUGACACAGAGAAAGGUGAGAAACGACCCUGCGGCUGUGGUGCCUGAACGUGGGCGGGAGCUGGGUUGAGGGUUCCACAGAUGUUCGG